GCGGGCCUUUUGGAACCCAUACGUCGGAUCUUGGAUUAGUUUAAGUAACGCCAAAAAAAAAUCUCGCGACGUCAAGUGUGAGUUUCUCUUUCUCAAAUCCCGCUCCUCCCACCCGUGCCCGUGUGUCCUGCGAAGCAAGCUCCUUUGCAAGCUCAGUAUUGCAGGCCAAACACGGCAUCAGGAUCUUCCAAGCCCUCCUAAAGCUGAAGAGCACUACGGCGGCGAAUUAAUUUUGCCACCUUGAUCGACAACGACCCUCAACGUAUUUGUUCUCGAAGCAGAGCCGCGUCUACUUUGACAAAGAUCCUUCACUUCGAACCAAUAUGGCGAAUCCACCACACGGAGGUCAACUUAAGGACCUGAUUGCACGCGACGCGCCGCGAAGAGCCGAGCUUGAAGCAGAGGCGGAAACCCUUCCAGCCAUUGUCCUGACCGAGAGACAGCUGUGCGAUCUGGAGCUGAUCCUCAAUGGCGGUUUCUCACCACUCGAGGGAUUCAUGAACGAGAAGGACUACAAUGGAGUCGUGGAGAACAAUCGUCUUGCAGAUGGCAAUCUCUUUUCCAUGCCAAUCACGCUCGAUGUAUCCCAAGAGACCAUUGACAGUCUGGGAAUCAAGCAAGGUGCUAGGAUCGCGCUGAGAGAUCUGCGCGACGACAGGCACCUGGCCAUCUUGACGGUUGACGAUGUAUACCGGCCAAACAAAGAGAAGGAGGCUAAAGAAGUCUUCGGAGGCGAUCCCGAGCACCCGGCAAUCAAGUAUUUGUUUAAUACCGCGAAAGAGUUCUACGUUGGUGGCAAGCUUGAAGCUAUUGACCGUCUCAUGCACUACGACUAUGUUGGACUGAGAUACUCACCAGCAGAACUGCGUUUGCACUUCGACAAGCUCGGCUGGUCCCGAGUUGUUGCUUUCCAGACCCGUAACCCCAUGCACCGCGCGCACAGAGAACUCACCGUCAGAGCUGCUCGUGCAAGACAAGCGAAUGUGCUCAUCCACCCGGUUGUGGGCCUGACCAAACCCGGUGACAUUGACCACUUCACGCGAGUGCGGGUCUAUCAGGCGCUUCUUCCUAGAUAUCCUAACGGUAUGGCCGUCUUGGCCUUGCUGCCACUCGCCAUGCGUAUGGGAGGUCCAAGAGAAGCAAUUUGGCAUGCCAUCAUUCGCAAGAACCAUGGUGCAACACAUUUCAUCGUCGGCCGUGAUCAUGCUGGUCCAGGCAAGAACUCCAAAGGCGUAGACUUCUAUGGUCCAUAUGAUGCGCAGGUCGCCGUCGAGAAAUACAAGGAAGAACUUGGCAUCGAAGUUGUGCCCUUCCAACAAAUGACGUACCUUCCAGACUCCGAUGAGUACAGACCAAAGGAUGAAGUGGAGCCCGGUGUCCGCACACUUGACAUCUCUGGCACAGAACUCCGUCGACGUCUGCGAACAGGCGCAAGCAUUCCCGAAUGGUUCUCCUAUCCUGAAGUCGUCCGCGUCCUCCGCGAGUCACACCCUCCUCGAAAUAAGCAAGGUUUUACAGUCUUCCUUACUGGAUACCAGAACAGUGGCAAAGACGCCAUCGCGCGUGCUUUGAACGUGACUCUCAACCAGCAAGGUGGUAGAAGCGUGACGCUCUUACUCGGAGAGACCGUGCGUGGGGAACUGUCCUCCGAACUUGGCUUCUCGCGCGAAGAUCGGGACAAGAACAUCGCUCGUAUCGCUUUCGUUGCGUCUGAGCUGACGAAAUCCGGCGCUGCGGUGAUCGCGGCGCCGAUUGCGCCAUUCGAUGCGGCCCGACAGCAUGCAAGGGAGACCGUCGAAAAGUACGGAAGCUUCUUCUUGGUGCACGUUGCUACAUCUCUCGAAUACGCCGAGAAGACGGAUCGAAGAGGAAUCUACAAGAAGGCCAGAGCCGGCGAGAUCAAAGGCUUUACUGGUGUUGACGAUCCAUACGAAGUUCCAACCAAGGCUGACCUGGUAGUUGACGUCGAGAAGACGAACGUGAGGACAAUUGUCCAUCAGAUCGUGCUCAUGCUCGAGGCGGAAGGCCUGCUGGAUCAACUAUAGAAAGAUUUAUGAAGAAUUAUAGAUUCGGUCACGUCUUGAAACUUGACAUUUUGCUUAGAAAGCGUGUGCAUGUAAUGAGCAAUGAUUUCUUCUUCUUAGAAUAAAUUUAAAAGAGGAAAGCAAGCUCAAAGCUACAAACUCCUCAAAAUUUUGGAUGGGUAUCUAGCAAUCCACUUUGGUGCGGC